GAGCCUGCGCACGACCUCCGCUUCGAGAGCUCGCGCGUCAGCCGCAUCUGAGUGACUACCGGUUCCGUUUAUAUCCCAGUUUCUUGAAUUUUUAAUGGAAAAUGGCGAUGUUUCCUCAGUCCGCCUGUGUGUUCUGCCUCCUCGCCGUCCAAACUGUGCUGCUCCUCAGCGUCUCUUCACCAGGAACGGCGACACUCCGGUUUCCUCAGCACUACACGAUGAUUCACUGGGCAGGUCGUAUAGAGAAAGAGUUGGAGAAGGUGCUUCAACUGGUCACCGGAGGUCAACAAAUGAAAGGAAUUUAUAGCGAGAAGAGAAGUCAGUUUGAUGUGGAGCGAAACACGCCCAAGCAGCUGGUGGAGAAAGUGGCAGGGGAUAUCGCCAAAUUGCUCAACAGGAAACGCAAAGCUCUUGAGAGGUUGGCUAGAGAGGCUGAAGACAUCCAGAGAGAACAUUCAUGGCAAGAUGGCAUCAAAGAAACCGACAUCCAGUACUAUGACUCCAAAGCUGAAUCAGAUUAUUUGGAUGGUGAUGACGGGGAAAACCUUUUGGAAAACCCAAACUCUCUCUCUUUGGAGUUUGUGGCUGACCCUAACUUUAAGAAUAAAGUCAACUAUUCAUAUACUGCUGUACAGAUUCCAACAGACAUUUACAAAGGCUCUCCCACUAUUCUGAAUGAGUUGAACUGGACUCAGGCUCUAGAACGGGUCUACAUUGAGAACAGUCGAGAAGAUCCAUCACUACGCUGGCAGGUGUUUGGCAGUGCGACUGGUGUCACCAGAUAUUACCCAGCCACUCAGUGGAGAGCACCCAACAAGAUUGAUCUGUAUGAUGUGAGGAGACGCCCGUGGUAUAUUCAGGGUGCUUCAUCUCCAAAAGACAUGGUCAUCAUUGUGGAUGUGAGUGGCAGUGUGAGCGGACUGACCCUGAAACUCAUGAAAACCUCUGUCAAUGAGAUGCUAGACACUCUUUCUGAUGAUGACUACGUAAACGUGGCCCGGUUUAAUGAGAAAGCAUAUGCUGUGGUGCCGUGUUUUACGACGCUGGUUCAAGCCAACAUAAAGAAUAAGAAAAUCUUCAAAGGGGCAGUGAAAAACAUGGAGGCCAAAGGGACAACAGACUACAAGACUGGCUUUCAGUUUGCUUUUGACCAGCUGUUGAAUACCAGCGCUCCAAGGGCAAACUGUAAUAAGAUGAUAAUGAUGUUCACUGACGGCGGUGAAGAUCGUGCUCAAGACAUCUUUGAGAAGUACAACUGGCCAAACAAAACAGUGAGAGUUUUUACAUUCUCAGUUGGGCAGCACAACUAUGAUGUAACUCCGUUGCAGUGGAUCGCCUGUGCCAACAAAGGUUAUUACUUUGAGAUCCCUUCCAUCGGGGCCAUCAGAAUCAACACGCAGGAAUACUUGGAUGUUCUGAGUCGGCCGAUGGUGUUGGCAGGCGAACGGGCAAAACAGGUGCAGUGGACCAACGUUUACCAGGACGCUCUGGGUUUAGGUCUCGUCAUUACCGGAACAAUGCCAGUCUUCAAUCUCACGGCUGAUGGGGACUCGAAAAAUCAGCUGAUACUUGGAGUCAUGGGUGUAGACAUCGCCCUCAGUGAAAUUAAAGAACUCACACCGCGGUAUAAGCUUGGAGCCAACGGUUACACAUUCGCCAUAGAUCCCAAUGGCUAUGUUCUCCUUCAUCCAAACCUACAGCCUAAGAUCAUUAACUUCAGAGAGCCAGUCACGCUGGACUUCUUGGAUGCUGAACUCCCAGACCGAAACAAAGAAGAUAUUCGGCGUCAAAUGAUUGACGGCAGACCAGGCCAGAGGAAGAUCAAGACACUAGUGAAAUCUGUCGAUGAGCGUUACAUUGAUGAGGCCAUGAGGACAUAUAUAUGGUCUCCAGUGGAGGGCACAGAUUACAGUCUUGGUUUAGUUCUGCCAACCUACAGUGAGAAUCACAUCAAGGCCAACCUGAGCGACCAGAUACUCCAAGUCCAGUAUUUUGAGUCUCUCCUGCCAAACACUUUUGAAUCAGAGGGACAUGUGUUCAUUGCCCCCAGGGAAUACUGCAAAGAGCUGGAGCUGUCCAACAACAACACUGAGUUCCUGCUCAACUUCAUAGCUCUGAUGGAGAAAGUCACACCUGAUUCCAAACAAUGUGACAAUUUCUUGCUGCAUAAUCUCAUCUUGGAUACAGGCAUCAUAAGGCAGCUGGUUGAUAAAGUCUGGAAGACAAAAGAUCUCAACACGUAUGGCUUUCUGGCUGUCUUUGCGGCUACAGAUGGAGGCGUCACACGAGUGUUCCCAAAUAAGGCUGCUGAGACAUGGGAGGAAGAUCCAGAACCAUUUAACGCCAGUUAUUACCGUCGCAGUCUGGACAACAAGGGAUAUAUCUUCCGAGCACCUUAUCGCACUGCUAAUGAUGAUAUACUGAACCCAGAGAACGACACUAUCGGCAUACUGGUUAGCACAGCGGUGGAUAUAACCAUUGGAUCUAGAAACCUCAAACCUGCAGUUUUGGGUGUAAAGCUUGAUCUAGAAGCUUGGACUGACAAAUUCAAGAUACUGGCGAGCAACCACACUGAAAGCAACCGACAGAGCUCUCAAACGUGUGGACCAACCAGUGGCUGUGAGAUGGACUGUGAAGCCAACAGUGAUGACUUGCUGUGCUAUCUGAUAGAUGAUGGAGGUUUCCUCAUCAUGUCUAAUCAGAAAGACCACUGGAAUAAGAUUGGUAUGUUCUUCAGUGAGGUUGACCCCACCCUCUUUUACGCCCUCUACAACAACUCCCUCUACAAGCGUAAACAGUCUUAUGACUUCCAGUCAGUGUGUGACCCUGUUCCGAGCAGCAACACUGGGGCCGCACCACGUGGAGUGUUUGUGCCAACAAUUGCUGAUGUGUUAAAUGUUGCAUGGUGGACAUCAGCAGCUGCCUGGUCACUGCUUCACCAAAUGCUGUAUGGAUUUGCCUAUCAUAGUUGGUUCAUGACAGAUGAAGUAUAUGCUGAGGGAUUGGACUCCAAAGAGACGAGCUGUGUGAUGAUACAGACACAGUUCUACUUCAGUAACAUCAACAGCUCCUACAACAUACUUCAGGACUGUGACAACUGCUCCAGAUUAAUUCAUGCCAAGAGAAUAAACAACACCAACCUGUUGUUUGUUGUGGCUGAAAGACUCUCCUGUAACUCCUGUGAAAUGGAGAAACUCUCUCAGAUGGAGACAGAAUACAAAGAAACAAAUGCAUGUGAGACAAUAGCCACAGCCCGGUAUAGAAAAGGACCCACAACCUGUUUUGAUUACAAUGUUUUAGAGAACACAUCAGAUUGUGGGCGGGGUCACUCGUUCCGCCCCUCCCUCCUCACUUUACUCCUACUACAGCUCCUCCUACUUUCUGUUUUGGUCCACCCCUCUGUUUAACUCAUUCUCCUCUCCUUCUCUCCUUCCUUCUUGUCUCCUUAAUUCUGCAUUUCUCCUUUAUCUCCCCGUUGCUCUAGUCAUAGGUAAUAUAAAGUGACUUCCUUCUGCCUUUAUAUGGAAGCCCAAGCUGUACUGUUUCAUCCACUUAGCUUCACAGGUUGUUACUUAGUGACCGUUGCAGAACUUUGAUGUCUCCUGCCAAUCAAGAGCAUUUGUGGGAGGAGCUAAAUGUGUCUUUACGAAACAGGAAGCUAAACAUGCAAGCAGCCGGCUAGGACAAGCAUACAGAAAAGAGACGUGUUGGAAAACGACACAGACUGUUCCCUCACAAAACGGGGUCAAGUUUCACUUAAUUCCGCCUCUGAAGGUUGAAGAUCAAAGGUCAUCCUCAUCUUCAUCCAUUACGGUAACCUGUUUCGCACAGUUACCAGGCUACAGAACAUUCUGACGCCGUAUAGCUUGCAUUAAUAGGAAAAUAACAGCAAA